AUGGCAACUUCCAGUCUUAAACCAGUAGCCGCCUUCCAGUCUAAGAAGGCUACAAAGUAUCUCAGCGGUUUUAAGGCCGAUCUUGAGGCAUUGCUUCAUCAGGCUAUGAAAUACACAUCAUACCGCAAAACUUCAGUCUUUGCACUGCAUUGGUCCAACGAUGAUAUGGGCUAUGGGUUCGAGACCACCGCCUUUGAAAUCCCACACCUCGCGCAAUCACCGGAGUAUGAACUCCUAACGAAACUUAUGGACUGGUCCAAGAAGAACGGUGGAGAGAACACACUCCGCAUAAUCAUCUACUCCGGACUUGCCGAUGAUGCUGAACAAGUGCUGGGUUAA